AUGGGAAAAUUUCUAGUAGGUUUCGUGCUUCCUUCGUUGCUCCUAACAGCUUCUUUGAUCAACUGGAGUUUGAUAUCUCUUAUUGAUUUGGUAGCAUUUCUUCUAAUUCUGUACAAUGUAUCACAAUUAGGAUUUCACUUCCGAAGGAGGUUGUUGUUACUGUGGCCAAUUAUUAUCUUUUCUGUAGUUGCAAUACUUUUUCAAGUGACUUAUCUCGUAGUAUGGGCUAUUAAGCCAAUGUCAUGGAUACCAGAUGCUUGGUGGACGAAACUGAUUGGGUUUAUGACAGUUCAGUCUUGGAAAUCUCCUUAUGCAAUUUAUUUCUUGGUUAUACAACUGCUAGCACUUCUUGUUGCUUUACUUGAUAUAUAUGGGAAGAGACAUUUUCUGAAUACAUGGCAGGAUUCAUAUUGGGGUCGUUUAAUAUUAAUUGUCGAACAUUUAGGUUCUCAUCUUCGGGUGGCAUCUUGCUUGUUGUUGCCUGCCAUUCAGCUAGUUGUUGGAAUUAGCCAUCCUUCAUGGGCCUCACUGCCUUUUUUCGUUGGUAGCUGUGUUGGUCUCGUGGAUUGGUCUUUAACAAGCAACUUUCUUGGGCUUUUCAGGUGGUGGAGGCUUCUUCAGCUGUAUGCAAGUUUUAAUAUUUUCCUGCUUUACACAUAUCAACUUCCGGUGGAAUAUCCAAGCAUGAUUCAGUGGAUGGCUGAUUUAUUUGGUCUUUACAAAAUAUCUGAAAAUACCGAGUGGACCAAAAUUUGUUCCAGCCUUUCUCUCAUACUUUACUAUAUAAUGAUGUCUUUCGUUAAAUCUGAUCUGGAGGAGAUGGGUUUUAUUAUUUCCGGGACAGAUUGUAACUUAACCGAGCAACUUCUUCCCUCUAGGCAUUCAUUUUUCAUUCGUGAAUCAAGAUCCGGUGUGAGGCACACACAUGUUUUACUCAGAGGAGCUGUUUUCCGAUCCUUCAGUAUCAACUUUUUCACGUAUGGUUUCCCGGUCUCCUUGUUUGCCCUUUCCUUUUGGAGCUUCCAUUUCGCAAGUUUAUGUGCAUUUGGGCUACUUGCUUACGUUGGUUACAUUAUCUAUGCUUUCCCUUCCUUAUUUCGUCUGCACCGACUGAAUGGCCUGCUUCUUGUCUUCAUUCUCUUCUGGGCUGUUAGCACCUAUAUAUUUAAUGUGGCAUUUACAUUUCUGAAUUGGAAACUUGGACGGGACAUGAAAAUCUGGGAGAUGGUGGGUCUGUGGCACUAUCCAAUACCUGGGUUUUUUUUGCUUGCACAAUUUUGUCUUGGAAUUUUGGUGGCAUUGGGUAAUCUUGUGAACAAUUCUGUUUUCCUCUUGUCUGAUGAGGGUGGACAAACUUUAAAUGACUAUACCUCGGUCAAAGUAGAGGGAGAGACCAAGGUAUUGAUUGUUGCAACAAUAGCAUGGGGACUGCGCAAAUGCUCGCGGGCUAUAAUGUUGGCAUUGAUCUUUCUCAUUGCUAUAAAACCCGGUUUCAUCCAUGCUGUAUAUAUGGUUUUCUUCUUGAUUUAUCUUUUGAGCCACAGUAUCAGCAGAAAGUUAAGACGGGCUUUGAUUCUUCUCUGUGAGAUUCAUUUUGCACUGUUGUAUAUUCUUCAAAUUAAUUUGGUUUCUUCUGCACUGGAGAAGAAAGGCUCUGUUAGCAUGGAAAUUGUAAUGCAAUUAGGCUUUCUUGAAGAAGAUAGUGCCUGGGAUUUCUUGGAAGUAGCAUUGCUUGCUUGCUUUUGCACAAUUCAUAACCAUGGUUUUGAGAUGUUAUUUUCAUUUUCUGCAAUCAUACAGCAUGCCCCUAGCCCUCCUAUUGGAUUUAGCAUCUUGAAGGCCGGGCUUAACAAAUCUGUUCUAUUGUCAGUAUAUUCAUCCUCGUCUGUGAGAAACAAUGUUGAAAAUUUCUCUUAUGGACCUACAUACUGUUACACAGGCUCUGCUUGGGUCGUGAAAAGAUUGUAG